CCGUCCAAACCCCUUUCUUCAUUUUCAUUGUCGUCUUCUUCUUCUGCUUCUUCGUUUUUCUUCUUCCUCUUCUUCUUUCCAAUCGUGCGCCAUGUCCAGCAUGGUAGCCGCCUUGCUGCCUUCCAAUCCCACUGCCACACCUAAUCACCGAUGCGCACUCCUCUCUCUUCGCCGCCGCCUUACCGCCGCCGUUCGGUUCAGCCACUGUCCCGUCGCGUCCGCCUCCUUCACCAGAGCUAGCCGCUCCGAUUGGCAAGCCUUGUGCGCCAUCCUCUCAAGCAAAUCCGCCGCCGCCGCUGCUGCUUUGGGAUCCUCCUCCGACAAGCCGUCUAACAGUCCUGUGGACCCCUCCGCCGCCGAGCCCGACCAUGGCGAAGCCACCAAUCACCGCCUCCCCUCAUCCAUCAACUCUACGAGCGCCAUCGUGAAGUCCGUCGUGUUUUCCGCUGCCGCGGGCGGGGUAGAUCUGGCCCCGACCCCCAACCUCCCGCGGCCGCUGAGCAUCGCGGAUCUGUCCCCGGCCCCGAUGCACGGGUCGCGGCUCCGCGUGGCGUACCAGGGUGUCCCGGGCGCGUACAGCGAGGCCGCGGCCGGGAAGGCGUACCCUAAUUGUGAGCCGAUCCCCUGCGACCAAUUCGAGGUGGCGUUCCAGGCGGUGGAGCUGUGGAUCGCGGACCGGGCAGUGCUUCCGGUUGAGAACUCGCUGGGCGGCAGCAUCCACCGAAACUACGACCUCCUUCUCCGUCACCGCCUCCACAUCGUCGGCGAGGUGCAGCUGCCCGUGCACCACUGCCUCCUGGCGCUGCCGGGGGUGCGGAAGGAGUACUUGACCCGGGUGAUGAGCCACCCGCAGGCGCUGGCCCAGUGCGAGCUCACCCUCACCCGCCUCGGCCUCAAUGUCACCCGCGAGUCCUUCGACGACACGGCCGGCGCAGCCGAGUACGUAGCCAACAACGGCCUCCGCGACACGGCGGCCAUCGCGUCGGCGCGCGCGGCAGAGCUGUACGGGCUGCAGGUGGUGGCGGACGGGAUCCAAGACGACAGCAGCAACGUAACGCGGUUCGUGAUGCUGGCGCGGGAGCCCAUCAUCCCCCGCACCGACCGCCCCUUCAAGACCAGCAUCGUCUUCGCCCAAGACCGCGAGGGCACCUCCGUCCUCUUCAAGGUUCUCUCCGCCUUCGCCUUCCGCGACAUCAGCCUCACCAAGAUCGAGAGCCGCCCGCACCGCCACCGCCCCAUCCGCCUCGUCGACGACGCCAAUGUCGGCACCGCUCAGCACUUCGAGUACAUGUUCCACGUCGACUUCCAGGCGUCGAUGGCGGAGCCCCGCGCCCAGAACGCGCUGGCCGAGAUCCAGGAGUUCACCUCCUUCCUACGCGUCCUCGGCAGCUACCCUAUGGACAUGACCCCCUGGUCAACCUCAUCUUCUCCAACUCCGCCGCCAUCCUCUUCUCCCUCCUUGUGAUCGAUCUAUCUGUAUAGAUCCUGUCCGUUGCUUGUGUGUUUCGCAAUUUUAUAUUCGAAAUUUCAUGUAUUUAUUAAUCGAUGAUAAGCAUCGAUUGGCAUUAAAAACUUUGAAAAACAACUCCUCUCCUCCUCCUCCUCCGAAGUCCUAACUUCCUUUUAAUUAAAACUUUUCUUUUAUUUC